CGCUCCGGAACGACGUUUUUGCAAGUGAGACACUUCAAAUUAUUGUUCCCGAAGCGGUUCCGUUUUGACUUUUUCUCUAUCGAGAUCACGUGAUCAUGCGCCGGAGCGGAGCUGGUGCUCCCAGGAGAUCUUUCAACUCGGCAACGAGGCUCCUGCUGUCGCAUUUGGCAGGAGCACUGCUCCGCGCGGCCUUAUUUCCCAGUCCGAUUUUCUUUUCCCUCUCCGCCACUGCCGUCCCAGUUCAUCCGCCCACCGGCGCGAGCGACACACAGCACUCCGGCGCGACGAGCUCCACCAGUAUUCAUGUUAUCGAUCUUAAGGGCGUUUCCGGGAAAAGGUUUUCCGGCGACCGAAUCCGGACGAGCAACGUGCCUUUGAAUUUUCAGGGCGUCCGGCAAUCCGACCUGCGGCACGAGCGCGAACACAAGAAUUGCGCCAAAUGGAUCGUGGUCACGAGCAUUUUCCCGCCCUCCGACGCGGUGCGAAAGCUGGGCGAGAUGACGAAGAAGGGCUGGUGCUUCGUCGUUGUUGCGGACCAGAACGGGCCAAAAGAUUACGACGACGUGGAAGGGGUUGUUUAUCUCACCGUGGAGCAGCAGAAGCGAUUGCACUACCACAUUAUCGACAUCCUCCCAUGGCGCCACUUCGGGCGGAAAAACAUCGGUUUCCUGUACGCGAUCGAGCACGGUGCGCAAGUGAUCUACGACACGGACGAUGAUAACAGGAUAAAGGAACUAGACAUACCCAUCUGGGGAUCUUCAUCUUCGGCAGGGGCUUCGACUGUUGCAACAUCACAAACACCAACUACAGAAUCCUCCUCUAGUACUUUGGGCGCCAAAGAGUACGUCCCGUUGAUGACGUACACGCCGGACCCCGCGUCUCGCCGGGGGAAUUCCGCGGAGGAGUACUACACCAACGUGAUUGAAACCUUCCAAAAGACCGGCGGUGCCGCGGGGAGGGUCGUAAACACGUACUUGGACUUCCAGCCGAGCUGCGGUUUAAGGAUUUGGCCGCGCGGAUACCCGCUGGACCACAUCAACGACGUGCACGAUUCGAUUCUGAUCCCGUAUAAUUCAUCCAUGAGCUCGACAAGUAGCUCUUCUCCUGGUCCGCAAGCUACUCGUGCCGCCGGUAGUACAGCUACAAGAAACAAACCCCCUGCCGUCCAACAGUUCCUCGCGGACGAGGACCCGGAUGUGGAUGCCAUAUACCGGCUGACGGGAAAACUCCCGUGCCGGUUCGAGGAGAAAAAUAAGGGGAUCGUCGUCCCGAAGGGCAAGUUCACACCCUACAACGCGCAGUGUGUGGUAAAUCUGCAACCCGCGUUCUGGGCGUUGCUGUUACCGGUGACGUAUGCAUUGCAAAAAUAUCGCACUAGUGUGAACUGCAUUACAAAUUCAUGACAGAUGGAUAUGCAAUUUGUCAUGCGGUUUUACCUUGGAAUGGAGAUUUGUCAUGCAUGAUUGCGAUUACUACGAGUACGAGCACGAUACUUUUGCAAUGCAUAUCACGGUGAACGGUCGCGUGUCCGAUAUUUGGCGGAGCUACAUCGCGCAGAAAUUGCUCUGGGAUAUCGACGAGGUAUCUAUCAAAUGAGAGACAAUUUCAUCCUCAAGAACAUUGAUUUGUCAUGCUGGCUGCCCGAAGUAUCAACGACAACGACUCUUAGUCGUCCGCAUGCAAUACAAAUCCCGUAAAAAAAAACAGCACGUCGCGUUCAUGCCCGCCCAUGUCGUCCACGACCGGGUCUUCCACGAUUACCUGAAGGAUUUCCAAUCCGAAUCGGAUCUCUACCUCAAAUCCGCCGCGCUAGUGAAAUAUGCAUUGCAAAAGUAUCGUACUAGUAUAAAUUGCAUUGCAAAUUUUGGCAAGAAGAGAAGUGGAAUUUGUAAUGCUGUUUUACCUUAGGAAGAGGAUUUGUCAUGCAUAUUAGCAAUUAGUGCGAGUGCGAUACUUUUGCACAGGAUAUGAAAUUCCUGUCCCAGUGGACGAGCGCCGCGCCGACGCUCGUGGAACGGAUAGAGCAGCUGUGGUCGGAGUUGUACGAGCGAGGUUUCAUCGAAGUUACCGAUUUAAAACUGGCCCAGGCGUGGAUCCGGGAUUUGCUCGCGCUGGGGUACCGUUUUCCGGAUUUACAAAUCCCGAAGAUCCUGUCGCGCGAACACCUCGCGGCGCACCAUGCGGAAUUGUAGAGUGCUUUUUGUGUAGGUGUAGCUGAAUGGUGAAGACAAAUGUGACCAUUCCGGCGCAUUGCGAUUGUGAAGUACGUAUCAAAGAAGUUCUUGAAGUUCUUGUUAUUUCUGAGAUGGACAUAGGCACGAUCUGAACCUUGUUAAGCGCGGGGAGACGCUAUUGAACUAUUCAGGGUUGACGUAGAAUACGCAAGUUUUAGAAAAGGCUCAUCCCCAUUGCUGAUGAAAAUUGUACGAUCAUGUUCAUCCC